AUGUCGACGGCUGUAGGCCUCUCUCUGGCGCGCGUUCUGAACUGUUCACACAUGCAGCAGGCACAAAAACGGCUCUUUUCGGCCCAAAGGCGAGAACGUCAGCAGAGCAAUGUGGCAGGGUUGACGUUUUCGGCUCGUGUGCGGCCAACACGACGCAGAACGCCCUGAAUUUUAGAUACCUGCAGAGGGUUUGUGAAUGGGCUCAUAAUACUGACCUGUGUUUGGCCAGCAGACGGUGUAGUUCCUCGUUCUGGCACGAUCGGGGUGUGACCAGGGGGUACUCCCCCCCAUGCCUAACAGCGAUAUUCC